UCCGUCCGUAACGAUAAAAGCACCCAUCAUAUUUUCCCUCCCCACAUCCCAACUUUCUCUACGCCAAUUCCUACACCUCCUUACUUUCUUCAUCUUCACUGAUUCCUCACCGUUUCAAUCCACCAUUUUCAAAGAAAUGCCUCCGAACAGAGAAGAGCUGCACCAGAGAUUACUCGAAUCCCACGAUGAAGCCGAGGAAGAGCGAGCCUACGAUUCCACUGAAAAGGUCCACAUCGUCGGAGUUGACGAAAGACCCGACGCCGACGAGUAUUCUACCAAAGCGCCGCCCUUCUCGUGGCGGAAGCUGUGGCUAUUCACGGGGCCUGGGUUCUUGAUGAGUAUAGCGUUCUUGGAUCCGGGUAACCUGGAGGGGGAUCUCCAGUCGGGGGCUAUCGCGGGUUACUCUUUGCUGUGGCUGCUUUUGUGGGCCACCGCCAUGGGUCUCUUGGUCCAGCUUCUGUCUGCCCGGCUAGGGGUGGCAACGGGCCGCCACCUUGCGGAGUUGUGCCGAGAAGAGUAUCCUAAUUGGGCCAGGCUCUUGCUUUGGGUCAUGGCUGAGCUGGCCCUAAUUGGGGCUGAUAUUCAGGAGGUCAUUGGCAGUGCUAUUGCCAUAAAGAUACUGAGCCAAGGCUUUCUACCUCUCUGGGCUGGAGUGAUCAUCACAGCUCUUGACUGCUUUGUCUUUUUGUUUCUGGAGAACUAUGGCGUGAGGAAAUUAGAAGCACUUUUUGCCGUCCUUAUAGCAGUUAUGGCGAUCUCAUUUGCAUGGAUGUUUGGUGAAACAAAGCCCAGCGGUCAUGAACUUUUACUUGGUGUUCUGGUUCCAAAACUUAGCUCCAAAACAAUACAGCAGGCCGUAGGAGUCGUCGGGUGCAUUAUAAUGCCACACAAUGUAUUUUUGCACUCUGCCCUUGUACAGUCAAGGGACGUGGACAAUCGCAAGAUAGGCCGAGUCCGGGAAGCUCUUACUUACUACUCCAUUGAGUCUGGCGCUGCCCUCACCAUCUCUUUUAUGAUAAACUUAUUUGUUACAACCGUUUUUGCAAAGGCAUUUUAUGGUACGGAAAUAGCCGACAGUAUUGGCCUUAUAAAUGCAGGGCAUUAUCUUCAAGACAAGUAUGGUGGAGGACUAUUCCCAAUUUUAUACAUAUGGGCUAUUGGUCUACUUGCUGCCGGACAGAGCAGCACUAUAACCGGCACAUAUGCUGGACAAUUUAUUAUGGGAGGAUUUCUAAACUUGCGGUUGAAGAAGUGGCUGAGGGCAUUGAUAACAAGGAGCUUUGCUAUAAUUCCCACUCUAAUUGUUGCUCUUGUGUUUGAUACGUCUGAGGACUCAUUGGAUGUUUUAAAUGAAUGGCUUAAUGUGCUACAGUCAAUUCAGAUCCCUUUUGCUCUAAUCCCUCUCCUUUUCCUGGUUUCCAAAGAGGAAGUCAUGGGUUUUUUCAAAAUUGGCCCUGUUCUUCAGACAAUAUCAUGGCUUGUGGCAGCCCUGGUAAUAGUGAUCAAUGGAUAUCUUCUGGUAGACUUUUUCUCCAAAGAAGUGAGCGGUCUGGUGUUUUCCACCGUGGUUUUUGUUUUUACAGCUGCAUAUGUUUGCUUCAUUCUGUAUCUGAUCGCUAGGGGAUUUAACCUUUCUCGUUUGCUUGGAAAUGCAAAGACAACUUUGGGAAUUUGAUGAAUCAUCCCCUUGGACAUCCACAUCAGGCACGAAAGCGACCCUACUACAUCAAGGGUGAUAUGGAUUCACAUUUCUUGCAAAAUAACAGUUUCACAGGGCAGAAAUAGAAGUCUCUCAAUCCUCGGUUCUGAGGGAGACGAUGAAUACCAUUUUUUGUACUAUAUUUAAUGCCUGCAAAGAAUGAAAGAAAAGAAGCUUUUCUCUAGUGUCACAGAAGAUGCUAGCAUCUGUUCCUCCUCUGAGGUCUGAAUCCAUGUAUGUAUUAAUCCGUAGGUUUCUUAAUAUGAUUAGCCAACAAACUGCCCUGAUAAGUAGUCAAGUGGGCAGCGAUUUUAUGUGGGAAAUUAUGUACUCAUGUCAAGCUAAUAUUAUUCAAAUGCUUUUGCUUGCAUAGCUAA